UGGAACGUCGGACUCGUCUCACAAUAAAUCGCCCAUUUACUUUAAUCUAAAAAUAUCAGUUUAAAGGUUUUACAUGUUUAUGGCAUUCUUAUUUUUCAAUUCUUCUUGUCAUUAUGACAUUUUAAUCACACAAAACAGGAAUUCUGCUCUAUUUUAAAAAUAACAUUAAAAACCACAUUUUCAGUAUAACAUUUACACAGACCAAACGCGCAAUGAACACAAACGAUGCAUGUGACAAGGAAAUUCAAUGCGAUGACAAAACCCCUGAGGCCGCUCUUAAUGUCACUAAAAAAUCCUUAUCAACGCGAUUAAAUCUGAACAAUGGAAACACAGUUUCAACCCCCAGAUUGACAGCGGUUUGUCCUUACGGCUGUUUUGUAAGACCACCUGUGACAAUGCCUUUCAGAACAAGGGAACGAAAUACCUUAGCAUUGCUCGUGGUGUCGCCGGAAGUACUACACUACCACGGUUAUGAUUUCGAACCUUCCCAAAUAGCCAUGCUAUGGAAAAAAGACUGCAGGAAGUUUCUAUGGAAGGGGUCGAAGAAGAAUGCAAACAAAAAUCAUCGACAUGUUUAGAUAUAAUUUUAUUGACCACUUUAUAUUUAUUAGCAACAAAUUUUUGGUUUGUUAAAUAAAAUGAUAUUUGUAUGGGUUUAAAAUGCUAUUAUUAUUGACUUAAUUUCUAUUAGGUGCAUUUCACAAACAAUAAUCUUAGCACCUAAGA